AUGGAGUUCGAUUUAAAGUCAGCGUGUAGUCUUAUACCACUUAUGGAUGGUACUGAAGAAACAACAAAGAGAUUAAUAGAUGCUGUUGAUAUGUAUUCGGGUAUGUUAAACGAGACAGGUAAAAAGUCGCUAAUUACAUUUGUGUUAAAAGGAAGGUUGUCUGAAAGUGCGAAAUUACGUAUGUCAGCUACUUAUACAACCGUAGAGCACCUUAUAAGGGAUUUACGUAACUCACUUUUACCUAAAAAGUCCUUUACAGCAAUCCAUUCCCGACUUCAAAAUAUAAGUCAGGGUUGGCGUAGUAUAGAUCAGUAUGGAUCCGAAAUAGAGAAACUUUUUUCUGAGUUGACUAUAACUCAGGCAGAAGGUAAUUCGGCGAGUUAUGAUGUGCUAAAGCCGCUGAACGAAAAAAUGUGCAUUAAAAAGUUCACAGAUGGUUUGAAGGAUCCAAGGCUCAGCACCAUCAUUGCGGCGCGGAACUUCAGCAGCUUGAAGGAUGCGAUCCAGGCUGCGCAGGACGAAGAUAUAUCGAGGCCGACAACGUCCAGCCAAUCGGAGGUCAUGGGUACCAUAGAGGCUUUGCUCACAACUCGUACAGAGGUCAUCGGCAUCGUAAUCAAAGGGGUCCGCGACAGUACUCCUAUGGUCGAUAUCCUCAACCCCAACAAGGCAACUCGCGAGGAGGUGGCCGUGGAUACAAGUCACGAGGCAGGCCGGCACGAGGGGGUUCAUAUUUCGGGUCCCGUGCCCGAGGGGUCACCGCUCGUGGCAGCCUGCACGUGA